CCAGCUGUAGCCUCAGCCCUCCUCUCAGAAAGCCACUCAAACGACAUGGAUAAUGCUACGCUAUUGGUUUAAUUCAAAAAAUUGCCUCUGAACUCUUGACAAGGACAUUUGGACUCAUAUAAUGAUUUGUUUACGGUAUUAGUUUGUAGGGAAAUGUCCUGGUGAUGCAGACAUAGGUUGCCUCACCUCAGAGAGACGGUGGCGGAGUGAGAGUGUUAUUUUAACCGGGACCUUGCUCAAAGUUGCCCCAGCAAGUUCCAUUUGACCGAUUCCUGGGAGAUUUGGAACGGAUUCAAUAACGAAGGCGUUAUCAUGUCUCAGACCCCAGAAGAGCACAGUACUGGUGUCUUGGGCCGGAUCGGGAGCUGGUUCUCCCCCUGGAAAGAAAGAGGGAGCCCCAGGAGUCCAAGUGACGAUGCCUCUCAGUCCCAGACGGAAGACCAGAGCCCCAGGCCACAAGGAGAGGGGGCCCAGGAGGAGCCUGUGAGGGGAGAAGAGGAGCAGCAGAAGGAGGGACAGAAUUCCCAGCCUGCCCAGCGGCAUCUCUCCAGGGUUUUUGAGGAGUGGAACACGGCGGACGCCAGAGCGUCUACCCACAGGGACAGCCCCCUCUCUGCAGCCAGCAGCCACAGCGAGUGGGGAGAAGGAGGAGGUCCUAGGGAGGAGGAGUGGUGGAUUGCCUCGCAGGGAGAGGAAACGGAGGAGGAGGGGGGAAAGAGCAGUGGAGCGAGCGGGAAUCCUGCCCCGAAGAGGAAUGCCAGCCAUCUGACACGUGUUCUUUCAUCUGCCCUUGAAGAGGGAGUGGCCUGGGAGGACUUUGACCGACAGGAACACACCCAGGCCCUGCCCCGAGCCCAAGUCCAGGCAGGCAAGAGGCUGCAUGUGUACCUGGAGGAGACGAGCCUGAGCCUGAGCCAGAACGGAACGAACACCCACACAAAGCAGGAAGUGCCCCACGCCAUCAUCACCACCAGGGUGAAGAAAAGACUUCAGGUGGUUUCCAGAGCAAAAUCAUCCAAGAGUGUUGACUUGUCAUCAGAGAACACCAAUACAAAGGAGAGGACAGAGGAGCGCAAAAGGAUUUGUCUCAAAGCUGCUAUAGGGAUCAAAGGUCAUAGCAGUUACAGUGCCCUGGUGGGAGUGUCACUGAAGUCCCCCACAGAGACACAGACGAGCUCACAGACCAUCCCUGAGCUCUCUGGUGAAGAGGAGUCAGACAGAGACACAGACACGAUGGGCCGUAAGAACUCAGGCAAGAGGCGGACCAGGAAGAACUCCUCUGGAGACGGAGGAGGAGCCAGUUCUCAGGAGAAUACACCCACCAAAACCCAGCCUGGAGCCGAGAACUCACCUACAUCAUCAGAAUAUAACACACCUAAACCUGGAGACUCCACCCCCUCCUCUUCUAAAGACGAACAUGCUUCAGUUCCCCCAAAAAUAUGCAGAGGGAAGGAGAGGGAGGAAGCCCAGGAGGACCUAGACGCACCAGUACACGCCACCCUGGUGGCCGUGGUGGACGGGGAAGGGGACAUGGACAUAGACAUGGUCGACGACACUAGCCCAUGUCGGGUGGAGAGGCGCACGGAGAGCGCCGAGUCCAAACGCAGGAGCGUGAAGGUGUCACACAGCGAGGUGAAGUUCUUUGCGAAGAAAGUAAUGGUGAACUCGGAGCAGCCACUGAGUCCAGAGGGAGAUGGAGGACACAUAGCCAUGAGCUUUGAGAAAGGAGGAGUGGCUACAGGAAAGGUCACGGAGGGUCAUGAUACAGCUAAGGGAAAGGGCAAGGUGGAACCGAAGGUGACCAAGAGACCACCUGAUUUAAAGAAAGUGGACAAGGAAUCCAAGACUCCUCAGCCUAUUGGGAGGAUCGCAGAUAGGAUCAGCCUUUUCGAGGGGAGAGCGAUGGGGGUUGCCAGUCCCAGUAAGACUUACCCCAGGAGUGCAGAUGUUUCUCCCACCAGGAAAGUCACAGAGCAGCUAAGAACAAAUGUAAACCGAGAGCUCAGGUUGCCAGAUCAGCGGGAGAAAUCGGUGGAACGUGGCGAUGCCAGGUCCAGCUCGGCCCCCCCUGUUCGGGAGAAAUUAAAAACGAUACGGGAGCGGGCGAGGAACUUUGCAGAGGCUCAGAAGGUGGAUGAUAAAACAAUGGUACCCCAAAAGUCCUCUAGUAUUGCAGGAAUAGCUGAAAAGUCUACAGAUUCUGCUGUGUCAAAUACAACAAAACAGGACAUUCAGGGAAAACUGGCCAGCAGGGAAAAGACUCCUACUCGGAGCACCCCAAAGGCAGAGAUAACCUUGAAACCAGCGGAGCCAGAUACCACCCCAGUAGGGGUCAUGCCAGUUCCUAAAGCAGAUCAGACAGACUCCAAAACAAAGGAAAAAGAGGCUACUGAAACAGUGGAGCUACCAAAGAGACCUACCAAUAUUGACCUAAAUACUUCAGUUAAAGGGGGGAGUAGCUCAGACUCAAGCGAGCUGACACCUCAGGUGGACUCAACCAAUGAGGUCAGCCCACAAUCCAAAGCCAACAGCAGACAAAACUCCAGGUCAAAGAGACGGAAAAGCAAAGGAGGGGAGUCAGCCAAUCACCUGAACCCGAGCUGUGACAUGAAACAGGAAGUGACAAACACUGAGCAGGAAGUGGUCAACAGCAAACAGGAAGAGGCAGGCACCACAAAGAAAAUGGCCACUGCAUUUGAGCAGGACGUUAAUACAGUUACAUCGCCACAAUACAGUCAAUCUGUAGACGUAAAAUCAGAUGUUAAAAAAGAGUCUGUUAGUGAAAAUAGCCAACAAGUAGUCAUUAAAAAGCCAGCAGCCUCAGACAAGCCGAUCAAGUCAUUGUCAGAUGAAAAGGAAAAUUCUAACAAACCGUUAAAGGAAAAGAUGCAAUCACCCACACCUCCAAACGUCAACAAAGACAAUAAAAUGGCUACCUCUGAUCCUAUCAGUGUAAGAAAGGGGCCCAAUGAUAAAACUGACAUUCUACCCUCACAGAGUUCCAAGGGAGAGAAGGCAGAGGUGGGAAGCUCUGAGACGACCUCUACCAUUAAGAUAAAUCCAAAUGUUUCCAAGGACAACAGCGAAACAUCCCUGUCUUCACAUUUGCCUAAGAAUAAACAGACUCUUGUUCAAGACCCCUCUCGUGUGGAGAAAGGCUCACCUGUCCCACACGCUAAAGUCGACAACAGACCAAUGCAGCCUGAAAAGAAAGCGGUGGAAAUGGUAAAACAGCCUGAGAAAAAUACAGAUACAAAGUCAGAGAAGGAUUUGCCUUCAGGCAGUAGACAAUACACCCCUGAGACAGCUGCUACUAAAGCUGUCCCAACCUCUGUAGCUCCUAUUAAACCUCCAGCCUCACUGACUCCUACACAGCCUUCUCAGUCAGAUAAAACUGCCAGUGUUGUCACUCAGAUUGAUGAGACAGCGAUGGGAAAAAAGAGUGAUAAAUGUGCAAUCGAGCCUCCUAAGGAAGGGUCGUCUACACGUGUGCCUGAGCAGAAAACAAAAUCGGAUCAUCAGGACCCUGUAUUAGAAAAGCAGCAAACCAAUGUCUCAAAGCAGACCCAGUCUUUAAUGUCAUCUGAGGCGAAGACAGAUAAACCUAGCCACGACACACUGACACACAGAGUGAGGCCUACCCCAGAACCCACCCCCUCAAUGCCUAGCACUACAGUGCCAGUAGUAGAGAAGGACACCUCUGUAAAAACAGAAAACAAGGCCUCAACACCUACAGCGGUAGAUUCUGCUCAGAUUCCUUCGGAGACCAAAGCCCGAGAAAAAACAAAGGGUCAGGGGGAGAAAGAACUACCUGGGCCAAAGCCGAAGAGCAGUGAGGGGUCAAGUCUGGAUGUUGGGAAGGAGAACUCCACUGCUGUAAAAACAGAGAGCAAGGCCUCAAAACCUACAGUGGUAGAUUCUGCUCAGAUUCCUUCGGAGACUAAAGCCAGAGAAAAGACAAAGGGUCAGGGAGAGAAAGAACUACCUGGGCCAAAGCCGAAGAGCAGUGAGGGGCCAAGUCUGGAUGUUGGGAAGGAGAACUCCACUGCUGUAAAAACAGAGAGCAAGGCCUCAAAACCUACAGCGGUAGAUUCUGCUCAGAUUCCUUCGGAGACCAAAGCCCGAGAAAAAACAAAGGGUCAGGGAGAGAAAGAACUACCUGGGCCAAAGCCGAAGAGCAGUGAGGGGUCAAGUCUGGAUGUUGGGAAGGAGAACUCCACUGCUGUAAAAACAGAGAGCAAGGCCUCAAAACCUACAGCGGUAGAUUCUGCUCAGAUUCCUUCGGUGACUAAAGCCAGAGAAAAGACAAAGGGUCAGGGAGAGAAAGAACUACCUGGGCCAAAGCCGAAGAGCAGUGAGGGGCCAAGGCUGGAUGUUGGGAAGGAGAACUCCACUGAAAAGACUAUAGCCCCAGAGGUAAAAAAGUCAGAGGAUGUGAAGGAGGGGAACACUCUACCAAGCCAAUCACAGAGUGAGGACAGAGAAAAGACAGUGAUGUUGCCCAAUGGAAAGCUAGCAGAGGGAAAAUGGGAUGCACUUGAACAAAAGUCAUCUACUAGUGGUUGUACUACUACUGUGCAAGAAAGGACAACUGAUGAAAAGCAAGGAAUUGUGGUAACAAAUCCUACACUGGUUGGGAAUGUCGAGAUCCACCCGGUAACACAACUCAAGACAACCAAUGAGAAAUCAACAUUUUUCCCCAGUCCAGGCAAAGUUCCGAAGAUACUCUCUUCUACUGAAACCACCAAAAAACAGAGCCCAGUCUCUCCCCAACAUCCAUCCCUGAAUAAGCUCCCCUUACUGGGGGGCAGUGGCAGUGGCUUGCCACUCCAACGCGACACCCCCUCCAGCUGGCUAGACGUGGACCAUUGCUUUCCCAAGCCGAAGCUCCUCCGCCCCGCUGAACCCAAGCUCAGCUCAUCGGUCAGCGAGAGCAACCUCUUGGACACGUCCGGAGAACUGGACGACGAUGACUUCAUCGAGAACAUAAAACGCCUUGGCGUGCCUUUCUCAUUGCCACCGCGGCAGAACCACCACCACCAUCCUCCCAAGCCACCGUUCGCAAUGCCCGCUAUCCGGGAGGACCGCUUCGAGAAGACCUUUGACCCAGAGGAGUUCCAGUUCGGCCUGAGGAGGAAGAGGGAGUUUUCUGUGGAGACGACCCAGAGUCUUCUGCCUAAGCUCCAGAGGAACCAGGUCAAAGGGGAGCUGAAGCCGGCCAGGGCCAGCAUCACAGACCGGGACAGGGGCAGCAUCCUACUCAAGAGCCUCGACACCCGUUCCAGGCUCCUCUUGGAGAGGGAGAAGACCACCAUGGAGGAGGGCGAGGAGAAGAGGAAGGAAGGUGGUGAGGGGGAGGAGAAGGAAGAGGAGGAGGCGAAGGUGGUGAAACCUCGUAUGUCACGCUUGGAGGGGAGCUGUAUCCUUAGUAGCCUGAACAGCUCCUCCACCCGGGGCAAGAGGCCCGGAGUUCAACUCCAGAUGGACACCACUCUGGGUGGGGAGGUGUCUCCCACUGAGGCCCCUCACCUCCAGCCCAGCCCUUCACCAGUCACUAAGCCAUCCCAGACUACCCCCCCUUUCUCUGGGGAGCUCAGACAGGCAUUGGCCAAACAGCCCAGCCCUCUACCACCAGUCCUCCAGACUUCCCCCACUUCCUCUGGGGAGGCUACCAUCCAAAGUCGUAACCUGGGGAACAGGCCCACUGCCCAGACUGCUGUGGUCAGUGACUCAGCUUCUCCGUUCCCGUCCUUUAACGACAUCAAGCUGCCGGAGUAUUUAGAGAAGUACCUUCCUCUCCGAGAGCCUGCUGGGAAACUAGAGCUGAGCACAGGGCAGGAACUGCUCAACUCAGAGGUUAUUGGAGGGAUGAAGUCACUUGAAGGAGGUGGUAGAGGAGACUUGAAUAUCAGUCCUGGACUCCUAAUGCUGGAUGGAAGACCGAAUCUUCCUCUGGUUCCUCCAUCCUCCCUACUCGAGGCCAUGGCCCCUCUGGCUUGCCCACUAGGGACUCGUACUGACCAUAGAGAGGAUGUGAAUGGAUUCCAUAGGCGACCAGGAAAGAUGGUGUUGUUUGAGCAUGAUCAGUUUAGCGGCCAGAUUUAUGAAGUCUUCAGAGACGUGGUAGAUGCCACCCAGCUCCAACUGUCUCCUAGGAUUUCUGUGAAGGUGUUGAGAGGAUGCUGGGUGCUUUACGAGAGGCCUGGGUUCGAGGGACGUUCCAUUGCCCUAGAGGAGGGGCCUAUUGAGCUAACCAAUGUCUGGGCAGAUGCAGGGCCGCCAGGUUCACACCCCCAUGUCGACAUACCAAUGGUCAUCGGCUCCAUCCGACUGGCUGUAUGGGACUACAGCAUUCCCCAUAUUGACUUGUUCACUGAGCCAGAGGGCCACGGCAGGCUAGCACCGUACCAUGACGACACAGUAGAGAUCAGCUCCUUCGGUAUCCCACAGAACACAGCUUCCAUCAAAGUCAACUCUGGAGUGUGGUUGGUGUUCAGUGACCCAGGGUUCCAGGGCCUCCUGGCGGUGUUGGAGAAAGGGGAGUACCCCUAUCCCGAGGCCUGGGGGUUCAACACACCCUUCAUCGGAUCCCUCAGACCCCUCAAAAUGGGUGCCUUCAAGGUGGAGAAUCCUAAUGAAGUCAAGGCUGUGGUGUAUGAGCGGCCUGGCUUUGAGGGAUCCUGUCUGGAGAUCGAUGGGGAAGUGUUCUGUUUUGGAGAUGAAGGAGAUGAAGAGGCAUCAAACCUGGAGUCAAACAGACUGAAGUCAGUGGGCUCUGUGAAGAUCCUCAGAGGACUCUGGGUGGGGUAUGACCAACUAGGGUUUGAGGGUCACCAACAUGUCCUGGAGGAAGGCGAGUACCUGGACUGGAGGGACUGGGGAGGAAUGACUGAUCAGCUGCUAUCUAUACGACCUGUACUGGCUGAUUUCAUGUCACCACACCUCAAGAUGUUCAGUGAGAGAGACUUUGGCGAGCUGGGUGCCAACAUCGACAUCUUAGAGCCUAUCAUCAAUAUAGAGGACACCGGUUAUGGGCUGAAAACGCAGUCGGUUGACGUUAUGGGCGGAGUAUGGGUGGCAUUUGAGGAGGCAGGGUUCUCUGGAAAGGCGUAUGUGUUGGAGAAAGGCCUCUACGGAAGCCCAGAAGACUGGGGGGCCCUCAGCUCCAAGAUCGCAUCCGUCAUGCCCGUCAUUCUGGAUAAUCUGGGAAAUUCCUCCAAGUUUAAGAUGCAGUUGUUCUCGGAGCCAGGGUUCCAGGGUUCUGUCCACGUUGUGGAGGACAGUGUUUCUGCCCUGCCACACGGCUUUUCCCUGGGCUCCUGCAAGGUGCUGGCUGGCAGCUGGCUGGCGUUUGAGGGCCAGGGCUUCACUGAGAGGAUGUAUGUGUUAGAGGAGGGGGAUUACCCUGAUCUGAGGGCCAUGGGGUGCGUGGAGCCCAACUCCUCUGUCCUGUCCCUGCAGACUACUGGCUUUGAGUUCUCGCUGCCCUCUGUCACCCUGUUUGAGAGGUCAAGUCUGCGGGGGAAGAGGGUGGUUCUGACCGAAAGCUCGGUUAACCUGCAGCUUGCCGGAGGCUGCAGCCUGGUCCAGUCUGUCCUGGUGGAGGGAGGCAUGUGGGUGCUGUAUGAGGGGAUCAACUACCGCGGAGCUCAGAUUCUGCUGAAGCCCGGCGAGGUGCUCGAUUGGCGAACAUUCAGUAGCUGGCAGCGAAUCGGAUCCCUGCGCCCACUGAUCCAGCAGCGACAGGUGCACUUCCGGUUGAGGAGCCAGGAGGGCCUUCUAAUGUCUGUAACUGGGGAAAUGGAUGACAUCAAGCUGAUGCGUAUCCAGGCAACGGAGGAGAUGGGCGGAGUCGAACAGAUCUGGUUCUAUCGGGACGGACAUCUCCACUGCAAGGUGCAGGAGGAUUGCUGUGUGGCUCCGUGCAGCGUGGCCAUGCCAGGCAGUCGUAUGGGCCUUUCACCUGAGCCUGGCAAACAACCCUCCUGCUGGAGCAUCACGCCUGAUGGCCUCAUCCGCUACACCGUCAGCCCUGACUUGCUCCUGGAGGUCAAAGGUGGUCAACACUAUGACAGAAACCAGGUGAUUCUCAACGCGUUUGAUCCAAACAAACCCAACCAAAGAUGGACAGUGGAGAUUCUCUGAGGUCUUGUUUUGAGAGGGAAGAACUAGGUGUAGUCUUUGAGGUGCAGUAUGGUGAGGGGCCUCAGUGCUCUGUGGCGCAGCUGCAGCGUGGGCCCCACACAAGUCUCAAGGACAAGAUGCCUCAGGAACAGAACAUUUGCUGCUGGAAGAGAAGCUUAUAUACAGUAUAAUCUUUCCUCUGAGGUCAAGAUGAAAAAUAUAUCAAAUUUCCUGGAUAAUCUAUAAUAUCGCAUUACUUCUUCACGAACAAAACAAUAGUAUUCAUUACUACAUUAUGGGAAAAUGGACUCAGACUAAACUUGAAAUACUUUACCUACCCUUUAAUAUCUGAUAAUAUACGAGUUUGCUGAAUAAUAUUUUUGGAUGAAUAUGUAUUUUUUUGACAUUUUAUUCCCUUCUGCCAUUAAUGUCCUUAUGUAAAUAAAUAUGCGAUGUGAUUA